AUGGCAAAAUUUUUAGCUACGGUCAAGGCGAUAAUCACACGAUUGGUAUUCGCCUCGCAUGGUUUCAUAGCAAUUUGGCAAGUCACGACGUUUAAGAAAAAUCCUCUCUUCUGGUACCUGAGCUGCCCUAUUCUGUUGCUGUUCUUCGAAGGCAUAUUCACGCUCACUAUAAAAGAAAACCAAGAAUGGAAGUGGUUUUGCCCUUCCGUUUUCUUAUACCUCAGUAGCGUGGUGCCUGCAAUAUGGCUUCUAGAAUUGGACAAGGUCGACAGAAGAUUAAAAGCGUUCGAAUCGAACGUGAACAUAUCAGAAAACUUUGACCUGACGAACUUGGCCGCUAAGGAUUUGAAACACUUGGAGAAAGCAUUCGGCGUGAACAUUCAUCUGCCGGAUAUACAAAUAUCCACCGAGACAUGGGUGACUUUGAUCGAGCAGUUCUUGAUGCUGAUCCUGAUCAUUGGAAGAUGGAUGUUGCCAAAGGGUGAUCUAACGCGCGAUCAACUGAGCCAAUUACUAUUGGUUUACAUAGGAACGGCCGCAGACAUAAUUGAAUUCUUCGACUCUUUCAAAGAAGACCGUAUCGCUCGAGAACCAGUGCUGGUGUACUUAACCCUGGGCAUUUGGGCAUGGUCCUUGAUGCAGUUCACCGUUGUCCUGACGGCCACCAAGUCCAGAAAGUCCAGGCUCUCUUCUGGCAGUGCUGUAAAAAAACGAGUACACACUGAGACCAGUUGUUGCAGCAUAGACGUAUGGGGUAUCGCUUUGAACAUGCUGUUACAGGAUGGUCCGUUCCUCGCGUUCCGUUUGAUCCUGAUCGUUCACUAUCGCAUCGUCAGCUACAUGAAUAUCUUCUUCACAUGCAAAAAUACCCUGGUCAUACUUCUGCAGCUCUAUCGGCUAUACGUGGUGCAAACAGAGAGCAAAAGCAAGCGGAAGAAACGAAGACCCGAGACGACAAACAUCAGCAUCAUCUCGAGAGGGGACGUGUACAGGGACUCGAGGAACAGAAAGUACUGCGACGACAGAAGGAGGAGGAAGAGGAGGGACAGAGACGUGGAGGCCAAUUCCUUGGACAGCGAUGAGCCCACGGAAACAGACAAAUUUGAUUCUUCCCCAAAAACCGUCAAACGUUCUAAACGAAAAAGUCGCCAAGACACUGGAUACUCUACGUCGAGUUCACGGAAUUCUGGAAGGCAGAGAAAGUCUCAGAGGAACGAAAGUAAAAGGAGAUCUUCGCGCAAGGAAGAAUCCAAACGUGAAGUCUCCUCCGAGGAUGAAAGACACAGAAGGAGAGUCGACAGAAAAUCGUCGGAAAAAGGGGACAGAAAGUGUUCUGACGGUGUCAAGAUGAAAUCGAGAAACGACGACUCCAGUAAAAGUUCUGGUAAAAGUAGGAUGUGUAAAGAUGACAGCGAGGACCAAACAACGACGGAAGAAGUGGCUGAGAAAACGGUCAGCGAAGGAAGCGAGUCGGAAUCUGAAAGAAAGAGGUAUGCUCAUCGAAAACGACGACAAAACAGAGACUGA